UAAAGUGAGUGGGAGAGAAUAGAGUAUAUACUGGGAAUAUGCCUUAUGGCACAUUACAUGGUUGGAUCCAAGCAUAACUAACCAAGACAGUCGAUUCCAAAUCCUAAUCAAUCUGGUUCCAGUUUGAGUUGCGAUUAUGGCAAACCAGGCAGUGUAUUCGGUGUGGGCGAUUCCACCGGAAGACGUGGGCGCCAGAUGCGCUAACCUCAUGACCGCCCUCCGAUCCGAGUUCGGCGGGCCCCACUUCCACCCCCACAUCACCGUCGUCGGAGCCAUCAAACUCACCCCGGAAGACGCCGUGACCAAGCUCCGAUCGGCGUGCCAAGCCCUGAGGCCCUUCCACGUCACCGUGGACCGCGUGGCCGCCGGCAGCUUCUUCUACCAGUGCGUGUAUCUCCUCCUCCGCCCCGACCCUCACCUCCUCGAAACCAGCGCACACUGCUGCACCCACUUCGGUUACACCAAUUCCACUCCUUACAUGCCACACUUGAGUCUUCUAUACGGAGAUUUGAGCGAUGAAGAGAAGCGGAAGGCGCAAGAGAGGGCUAAUGCUAUCGAUGACACGCUCGGUGGCUUGACCUUUCAGAUUACGCGCCUUGCCUUAUACAAAACGGACACUGAAGACAAAACGCUCAAAUCUUGGGAGAAAAUUGCUGAAUGCACUCUCACUCCAAAUUAGUAACUUCUUAACUUCAAUAUUAGCAAAAUCCACAACUCUGAUUAAGUUUUUGGUUUUCUACACUCUCUAGCUGUCUUCUUAGUCUUUCUGAGUGCUACUGCUAUGUGCUUACUGCUUACCAAUUUCCAAACUCUAUAUAUAAUAAUGUCAAAUAAUAAGGCACUAGUACUUCUUGUUGUUUCUUCUUUUUUAAGGCCCAUAAUUAUGAAGGCAUUAUUAAUCUGCAUAA